AUGGCUCUGCUGCCCAUAUUUGUCAAUGAAAAUGAAGCUCGUAAUGCAAUUAAAACAUAUGCCCAGAAAAGUAAUACAAAUCAAAUCAAGCAAUACCAUUUUAGCCUAACUCUCAUCGAAACUCUCAUCUUCGCACUCUCCCAAGUCAAAUCCCAAGCUGUCCAUGGCUCUGCACUCAUCACCAUCGCCCACGGCAAAUUCUUCUCCAACGGCUUCGACCUCGCAUGGGCCCAAUCCGUCGGCUCCUCCUCUGACGCCGUAGAUCGACUCCACCACUUGGUCGCUUCCUUCAAACUAGUCGCUUCCGCUCUCCUCUCCCUCCCUAUGCCUAUAAUUGCUGCCCUCCCCAGCCACGCUGCCACCGCCGGAUUCCUCCUCGUGCUCAGCCACGACUACGUCCUGAUGAGGCACAAUCGAGGCGUGCUGUACAUGAGCGAGGUUGAUAUUGGCCUCACUUUCCCAUAUUUCACAGCUUUGAUGAGGUCAAAGAUCGGCUUCACCUUGACUCGGCGUGAUAUAUUGUUGGCUGGGAGGAAGGUUAAGGGAGAAGAGGCAGUGAGGAUGGGGAUCAUGGACUCGGCGGCGCACGAUAGCGAGGAGAGGGAGUGGAACGGUGAGGUGUAUGCGGAGAUCAGAGCUAGGUUGGUUAGGUCUUCGUUUUCAUAG